AUGUCCGUUACAAUUAGGCUACACGUUAUCACUGCCCACCUUUAUAGCAGUAACAAUAAACCCAAAACACCCAAUUACGCCUCCAAAUUUAAUCCCAAACCCAUUUUCGAUUCCAACCCGUUAUCCCCAUUGCGCUUCUCUCGCCCUAGAAAGAUGAGUUCUUUGCCUGUAGUGAAGAGUUCCUUGAUUGAGCCUGAUGGGGGAAGCUUGGUGGAUCUUGUGGUGCCCGAGACCCAAAGGGUUUCCCGCAUUUCGGCGGCCGAGUCUUUACCCAAAGUGCGGCUCACGAAGAUUGAUGUUGAGUGGGUCCAUGUGAUUAGCGAGGGGUGGGCUAGUCCGCUGCGAGGGUUUAUGAGGGAGGAUGAGUAUUUGCAGAGCUUGCAUUUCAAUUCCCUGAGAUUGAAAAAUGGGUCCGUUGCUAAUAUGUCGCUUCCGAUCGUUCUGGCCAUUGAUGAUGAGGCUAAGGAAAGGGUUGGAGGGUCAAGUGAUGUCGCUCUUGUUGGGCCUGGUGAGGAUUUGAUAGCCAUUCUUAGAAGCGUUGAAAUAUAUAAGCAUAACAAGGAAGAGAGAAUUGCUAGAACGUGGGGUACUACAGCUCCAGGGUUACCUUAUGUUGAGGAGGUGAUUACUCCUGCUGGAAAUUGGCUCAUUGGUGGAGAUCUGGAAGUGUUAAAGCCUAUUAAGUACAAUGAUGGCCUUGAUCACUACAGGCUCUCACCUCAACAACUUCGAAAUGAAUUUGAUCGUCGCAAGGCAGAUGCGGUUUUUGCUUUUCAGCUGAGGAAUCCUGUCCAUAAUGGUCAUGCAUUACUUAUGAAUGAUACACGAAGGAGACUUUUGGAAAUGGGCUACAAGAAUCCAAUUCUUUUGCUUCAUCCCUUAGGAGGUUUCACAAAGGCUGAUGAUGUGCCACUGGAUGUUCGUAUGGAACAGCAUAGCAAGGUUCUAGAAGAUGGAGUUCUUGAUCCUGAAACUACUAUUGUAGCCAUAUUUCCCUCACCGAUGCAUUAUGCUGGACCAACUGAAGUACAAUGGCACGCUAAGGCUCGGAUAAAUGCAGGUGCAAAUUUCUAUAUUGUGGGUCGUGAUCCUGCUGGUAUGGGCCAUCCUACAGAGAAGAGGGAUUUAUAUGAUCCUGAUCAUGGGAAGAAAGUUUUAAGCAUGGCCCCUGGUUUGGAGAAAUUGAACAUUUUACCAUUCAAGGUGGCAGCAUAUGAUACAGUGGCAAAGGAAAUGGCAUUUUUUGAUCCUUCGCGUGCUAAAGAUUUCCUCUUCAUUUCAGGAACCAAGAUGCGGACUUAUGCAAGAACUGGGGAGAAUCCUCCAAACGGUUUUAUGUGCCCUCAGGGAUGGAAAGUCCUGGUCAAGUACUACGAGAGCUUGCAAGCAGAGGAAAGCGCCCAGAAGUCUGCUGUACUAUCUGCUUAGCCACGGUAAUAUAUGGUAAAUGACUUCAGACUUUAUGCUCUGCAAAUUAUAGACGGUAGCAACCAAGAAGUCAGCAGAGAAGAACACGAGAGAUGUUUGAAAUGCUUGUCUCAGCUUUCUAGCGUGAAGAUUGAUCUCCUAUUAUCUAUACAUUCUAUUCUUGUAAUAUCUAUUCAUUUGCGUGAUGAUGAUGAUGCACAAGAACUGAUCUUUCCCCAAAUAAUAUAGUUCCUUAGUUCAUAAGCUCC